CCCCAUCCUCGACACCACCUCCGCUGGAACAGGAGGCGGAGGGAGUGAGGCCACAGACCCAUCAGCUCUUCCUCCUCAGUCCGGAGUCCUGGAGCCGAACUGAACCAGAGGAUUUUUACCUUCGUGCGUAAAAGCGCGGCGCGUCCAGAGCGCGCGGAUGGCACAGAGGACGCAGUAACCGCGUCCUGUGAUUGUUGUCAGUGUUGGUGGUUCACGCUGGACACUUGUAGCUCUUCUGGACACAGGCUGAACCAGGUGACCCAACUGUUUGUUGCGUGCAAACAGGCGCAGAGUCUCUCGUGGAUCGCGGGGAGACUUUAACCGUCGCGGAUUUAUUUCGGCGGACUUUACACGUCUCUGUCUCCCGUCCUCCCGCUUUGGACCGGGGUGUUAAAGGAGGAGGAGGAGGAGGAGGAAGAGGGGGUGGUCGGCUGUGUGCUGCCGAGUCUCAUCUCAUGAUGGGACACGGCAGCUGUCAUCUGCCGCGAGGAUGAGCCACAGAAGCAGCCCGGCCAGGGCGUAUGACUUUCUGCUCAAGUUCCUGCUGGUGGGGGACAGCGAUGUGGGGAAGGGCGAGAUCCUGGCGAGCCUGCAGGACGGAGCCACCGAGUCCCCGUACGGAUACAACAUGGGAAUCGACUACAAGACGACCACCAUCCUUCUGGACGGGAGGAGAGUCAAGCUGCAGCUCUGGGACACGUCUGGUCAAGGACGAUUUUGCACCAUCUUCAGAUCUUAUUCCAGAGGAGCACAGGGAGUUAUUCUGGUGUAUGACAUCACCAACCGCUGGUCCUUUGAUGGGAUCGACAGGUGGAUCAAAGAGAUAGACGAGCAUGCCCCAGGAGUGCCCAAGAUCCUUGUUGGGAACCGCCUGCACCUGGCCUACAAGCGUCAGGUGACCACCGAGCAGGCGCAGGUGUACGCAGAGAAGCUGGGCGUCACCUUCUUCGAGGUCAGCCCGCUGUGUAACUUUAACAUCACCGAAUCGUUCACCGAACUCGCUCGUAUCGUGCUGAUGAGACACGGCAUGGAGCGGCUGUGGAGGCCCAACAAAGUGUUGAGCCUUCAGGACCUGUGCUGUCGCUCCAUCGUCUCCUGCACUCCGGUCCACCUGGUCGAUAAACUCCCCCUCCCUCUGGCUCUGAAGUCUCACCUGAAGUCCUUCUCCAUGGCCAACGGCCUCAAUGCCCGCAUGAUGCAUGGACGCUCCUACUCCGUCACUGCCAACGCUCACCACGGCGCCACCAAGAGGACGGGAGGGACACUGCUGAAAAAACCCAAACUAAUCCGGCCGCCGCCGCUGAGCCCGUCUGCACAGAGCUGCAGGAACAGCUGUAAAAUAUCCUAACACCUGGACCUGUCAGUGAACGCACGUCACCUGUUUUAUGACACAGAGGCUUUUUUUGUUCUUAAACCUCAGACGACGAUGAUGAUGAUGAUGAUGACCUGCUACUUCCAACUGAUACUGCCAAGCAGCAUAACAGCAGGAGGUGGAAACAGAAAUAUAAAUCUCUCUCACAGGAACACAGAGCGCUCGUUAGCUUCUUUUUAACACUAGUUUCUGUUUCUGAGAACGAGCCUCAACCUCACAGUGUGUUGUUCCUCACAGAGUUUCCUUUAUUAGUCUGUCUAAGCAGCUAAAACUUUUUAACUCUAUGCUUUAAAUGCUGAUGUGACGGAUGUUAUUAGCUCCAUCUCAUAUUGUUCUCGUACGUUUUGAAUCCAUGUUGUAUGAGGAUCAAGUUUCAACCACCAAAUGUUAAAUUAAACUCUUUAUUAAGAUUCAAAAACUGCAGCUCCAGAAAGAUUUUGGUGACAGUGUCCUGAAAACACGUUUUAGCUGUGGUCGUUGAAUGCUGACAAAAUUAUUGGUAAAGCUCCAGUGUGUAGGGUUUAGGGGCAUAUAUUGGCAGAAAUGGUACAUACUAUUAGUUUGUAAUUACAUCCCUAGAGCCAGUCUGUGACACCAGGGAUCAGCACACCCGGGUCCCUAUGAACCUGGCCCCGAUGCAAGUCCCUGCAGGUGGUGGGCCCACAGGCAGGUGGCUCCUUGUAGGUCAUUCAGGCUAAGGGCCCGUCCCAAUACCCCCCCUUAGCUCUACCCCUUGGCCCUACCCCUACAUUUGUGCGUUC